AUGGCUCUCGGUCUCUCUGGGUUUGUUACUGACAUGGUCGGUACGCACCUCAUCGUCAUGGCAACCGUAAACACAGAAAAGGUACCCUCCGAGCCCAGUGUGGCAUGUGAGGCAGGAGAUAUAAACGUCUGUAACACAACACUGGAGGAUUUCACUCCAAUGAUAAACCGGGCUGAUGACAUUCAUCCAGAUCAGAGGUUAGCAGGUCUGGAGGAUGUGACGGAUUACGACCCGAACGUCCUCAGUGACCCUCAGUGGCCUUGUGGGAAACACAAGAGGGUUCUCAUCUUUGCCUCCUACAUGACGACGGUCAUAGAAUACGUGAAACCGUCGGACCUGAAGAAAGACAUGAACGAGACGUUUAAAGAGAAGUUUCCUCACAUUAAACUCACACUGAGCAAGAUCCGCAGUCUGAAGAGAGAGAUGAAGGUGGUGGGAGAGGACUGCUGCAUGCAACCCGUCACCAUCGCCAUGGCGUUCGUCUACUUUGAGAAGUUGGUGCUGCAGGGACGACUCAACAAGCAGAACCGGAAGUUGGUGUCGGCUGCCUGCCUCCUACUGGCUGUUAAGAUCAGCAGUGACCUCAAGAAGCAGGAGGUCAAACACCUCAUCGAUAAGCUGGAGGAGCGUUUCAGGAUCGGCAGGAGAGAGCUGAUCUCCUUUGAGUUCACCAUCCUGGUCGCCCUGGAGAUGGCACUCUACCUCCCCGAGAGUAAAGUCAUGCCUCAUUACAGACGGCUGGUGCAGCAGCAGCAGUUAUAGCAGUGAUCCUUCCUUCCUUCCU